AUGGCCGCUGUUAUCGUUGCUCCGAAACGACCAUUCCUUACCCUCCCCUUUCUCCUACCCUCGCUAUCCGAGUCUGUCGCCGUGGAAUCGCGGCGGAAUCAAUCCUCCUACAGGCGUACGAAACAGCGCCUACGUGUUAAGCCGGAUGCUUCGUUUGGUGCUUCGUCAGAUCAAUCCCAAGAACAAAUCAUCUACAAUCCUCCUUCAAGCGCACCUUCUGUGUAUCACACCCCAACAAAGUUCCUGCCCGCCGACGACAUUCGAAGGACCCUACGUACAGAUGCUUCAACAGACAGCCACAACGCAAAGGAGCUCCCCCCUGUUUUCAAAUCCACCUCUGAGAAGAAAUAUCAUUUGAAUCAGUCGGAUAUCGAGGAGAUCCGCAGACUCCGACUCAGUGACCCCAUGGCCUGGAGCCGAUGGAAACUGGCCAAACGUUUUGACUGCUCGCCGAUGUUCAUUGCUAUGGUAUGUGAGGCCAGUCCACAGAAGAAAGAGAUCCAGCGGCAAGUGCUUGAAGCAGUGCAAUCUAGAUGGGGCACAAAGCGGCGGAUGGCCAGGGAAGACCGACAGUUGCGGAAGGAGUCUUGGGGAAGAGAUGAAUGA